AUGCGUAUCCCACUCUUUGCCCAACUUACACCUCUACUACUCCCACAACUCUACCUGGACACGCCUGCGCCUGAGCCGGCUGUCCCCUUGUCCAAGGAGGUCACCUUCUCCGCUCGACAUGCCCACUCGCAGGCCCUGGACAAGGAUGCCCCGCUCUUCUUCGCUGACGCGGCUGGGCCCUCUGCGUUUCGCGCGAGCAGCGCCGCCGAGGCCGGCUUUGACGACCUCGAAGGCAUGGCAGGCUGGGACCUAGACGCGCCGCUAGUGGUGCGCACCAAGGUCAUCACGAUGCGCAGGCCGCAGACCCGCCCGCCACACAUGCUGAGCUGGGCGCACGCCGCGCGCGCGCUGCGCUCCACCGGGCUCGCGAAUGCCACGGGAUGGAUCGCGCCGCGCAUGCCCCAGCCCGACGAGGUGGUGGCGUGGAGCGACCAAGAGGCAUUCGCCGGCGGAUGGGAGGACGUCGAGGUCGACGCGCCGGACGUCACCGACCGCCAGACGCUGCUGUCCCUUGCCAAGAUGGCCAGCAACGCCUACGUCACACCGGACAGUGACGGGUGGUACCCGCUCGCUGGGUUCAACAACAGCAUCCCAUUCGGCUGGGAGCCUGAUUCCGACGGCCUGCGUGGCCACGUGUUUGCCGACGACACCAACUCGACAGUGGUCAUCGCCAUCAAGGGCACGAGUGCCGGUGUGCUCGGCUCUGGAGGCCCGACAUCCAAGAAUGACAAGUUUAACUGUGGACAAUCUUGUGUCGAGACUGCGCUCGUCGAGGAGAGUGUCUACGCCGCGGUGGGCACCAGCCUCUACAACAACGUCACGUACCUGUACCCAGACGCCAACAUUUGGCUCGUUGGCCACUCGCUGGGUGGUUCGCUCGCAGCCCUCAUCGCGCAGUCCUUUGGCGCCCCCGCCGUCGGCUUUGAAGCUCCCGGCGACCGACUGCCCACUCGCCGCCUGCACCUCCCGCAGCCCCCCGCCGUCCCUGCCGACAUGUCUGGCAUCGUACACGUCUACCACACCGCCGACCCUAUCCCAAUGGGCGCGUGCACAGGCACGUACUCUGGGUGCUACGCUGCUGGCUUUGCCCUCGAGUCCAAAUGCCACACCGGCCAGACGAUCCUGUACGACACCGUGACCGUCAAGGGCUGGAGCGUGGACAUUCGUACCCACCGCAUCUCCGAGGUCAUUUCGCGCGUCCUUGCCGACCCAUGGCCGGUGGGCAAGGAGCCGCAGGACCCCGAGGACCCCAAGAACCCGAAGCAGCCCAAGAAUCCCGACAAGGACCCGAAGGAUCCCGCGGACGACCCGUGGGAUGACGACGGGGGAUGGGACUGGGGCGUGGGCUCGGUCUUUGGCCAGUGGUGGGGAUGGGGACGGGGUCCCAAGGGCGGCGACGACAAGGACGAUGGCAGCGACGGUGACGACGACGACGGAGGAGGUUGGGAGAAGCAUGGCGGUGUGCCAAGGGCACACGCCGAGUCGGACUGUGUCGACUGUUACAAGUGGGAGUUUGGCGACGACUGGGAGAAGAAGUGA